AUUAUUGGAACACAACAAACAUUUCUUGGUCUGGUGCAAAAUGGCGACGCCAAGCCCGAGGAAAUUCCAAGAGAAGAUAGCGUUACUGCAACAAAAGGAGGCCGAGGGGAAAAUAGCAUAUGACAAUAUAAUGAAUGAAGUCCAGGGGCUGAGGUUGCUCCCCAAGCCCUCAACCCAGAACAAGGGACAACAGUUGCUACCACCACAGGCACAGUCCCCUCCCUUCCAGCACCCACCACCACAGCACCCCUCCCGACCCCCGCAGAGUGGCUCUCUCCCGGACUUCUCCAUCAACCUCCCGGGUGUGUUGGCUUGUGUUCCCCCGUGCUGGCCGAGGGUCUGUGGUUCACCUGAGCUGGGAGGUGUUGCGCUGCGGCCUCCACAUGCCCUGCGCACACACCAGGAUCAGGGUAGGGUGCCUGAAUACUACAUGGAGGGGACAGUACAGGGUGCGAUGCAGGACUUGAACAACCUGCAGAACCAAGUGUAUUCUAGCGUCCCACAUCAGCGCGGCUCUGCGCCAGCCCAGAUCAGGACACACCAGCACAUCCAUCCCCACCUGACCAACUCCUCGGCCUACCCUGUGCUCCUCUCACCUCCACCAGCCUCGGAGUCCCUCUUGCGCUCCAACUCAGACUCCUCCCUCCACCAGAACCUCGUCCACGGUGGGAAGGCAGCUAAUAACAGGAAAGUGUCAUCACCUGCGGAGGUUGGCCGGAUGGAUCCAGGCCUUGGAGUAAACAUUUAUUGCCCUACAAGACACAACCAAGAACUCCUGAACAGACCUAAGUCAGGCUGUGAGCUGACACACCCUUCAGAGAUGACAGGUGGUCUUGUUCAUCGGGUAAAUCACAUUCAACGGAGCCCCAACAUCCCCAUCCCUACCACCAUCACCAACACUGGGGGUGCUGGGCCUGGAGGAGGGGGAGGUGUGGGGGGCACACUUCCCAACACUGGUUCACUGCCAGACCUGACACAAGUCCAGUACCUGCAACCCAUGAACACUCCAAUACCUGAUACAGACCUGACUACGAUAUCGCCGGGAUCAGCCAGGCUGGGGACCACCUUCCCUACUGGGGUGCUCACUGACCCUUACAGCAGUGGACAGGCAUCCCCAAGAGGCACCUCACCUGGCCCUUCCCCGUCCGUCAUGCGCAAAAAGCCACAGAAGCCCUACCAGCCCACACAAGUCAACCAUCGAGGAGCUCACCACAGCCAGAACAAAAAUCAUUUGUCUGUCCCUACUGUAAUUAAUGCACGCUACCUCCAUACAUGUAAGGGGAUGACUGUCGACAACAGCACAAUCGUGGACCCACACAUGGCUAACUCUGGGCUUAACCUCUUUGGGCAGCCCUUGUCUCCAAGUGGCUCGCAUCCUCCUAGUCCAAACCAACUCAACUUCAUGGAUUAUAGAAAUCCUGUUAGUCCUCAACUCAGUCCGAGAAGCUCACCAGGACCCUGCCACACCCUCCAGACUGGUGGCUUGGCGAGUUACAGCAGCAACAGUCCCAGUGACUCUCGUAGUGCUCCCCCCUCACCCAGUGCCCCCCAGGCCUCCCCAGCCUCUUCUCCAGGGGUCACCCUCAACAAGCCCUUCACCUAUAAUGAAUAUCACACUCAUGCACAAACUAAUCAGCUCAACCAGCAGCUUGAGCAGUGCAGAAUGAUUGACAACUCUCCAGUCUCUGCCAGUACCUAUGCAUCAAGUGGAAACAGUAAUGUGCGACCACAGGGUGGUGGACUUUUGGAGAUUGGUGUUGAGGGGAACGGCUUCUUCACGAAUGUUCCAGCGUCCAGUUCUGGGUGCCCCAUCCCCACCAGCCAGGCCCACCCACCGCCCACGGGGCCACCCCCUCCAUACCCACAAUCCACCUCCCCUGCACACCAUCAAUUGCAGCAAACCUCACAACAGCAACAGGAACAGCUUCAGCAGCACCAACAACAACAGCAGCAGCAGCAACAACAACAACAACAACAACAACAACAACAACAACAACAACAACAGCAACAGCAGCAUCAGCAACAACAGCAACAGCAGCAACAACAACAACAACAACAACAACAACAACAACAACAACAAGAACAACAGCAGCAACAGCAUUCACAACCACAGCAGCCACAGCACCACCAGCAGCCCUCCCCAACCCACCCACAGCACAUUACACAGUCCCCCAACCAUCACCCACAUCACCCACCCUCCCCUGUCCAGUCCAUAUCCUCACAUGCUCCUCCUUCUCCUGCGCAAGACCCCCUCAGCCCUGCCAGUCACAACCACUCCAUGCAGCAUCCGCCCACUCCACAGACUCCACAGACACCUACUUUCAUUACUCCGCAGGUGGUGGUCACCAUACCCCCAGAAGGGACUGAAGACAGCCUUCUUCAGGACAACAUCACCGGCUGGGACAUGUUUGGCUCCUCUUCCAAUUACGAAGAAGUGUCAUUUGAGUCUUCUGUUCUGGAUCAUUUGAGUAGGCUGGAUGAGAAUGAGCUGAGUAUGAUGGUGGAUCAAGGGGCAGUGGAUCAGCUGCUAGUGGACCAAGAGACCGAGGAAAGCUUCCGUAGAGACCACCGUACCACCUCCUCAACUACCACCUCUGGGCCAUAGCCUCCAUUCCCUUCUCUAUGGGAGGGAGAAUGACUUAGAAAGGAAAGAGAGAAAAUAAUUCAUGGAGCCACAACAACCAUAGCUGCUGGUAUUUGCUUCACCAGUGACCUUGAGCUACCUUCCACCUACAGUUUAUACAGUCUGCAGCUGCCAAACCCCUUUUCUGGUGACCCUUCUGUGCUGGGGCCUCUGGUGGGUGCAUGGGUGACUCUGGUGCUGUGGUGGCAGCAGACCAGCUAUAUUCUGAGGGUAGUGAUGGUGGUGGUGUGUUGUUUAAGCUCCUUCCAAUACCAAGUCUUUGUGCAGGUAGAGCGUAUUCUAAAAAGGUAAUUUUUUCAUCUUAUAACAUGGAGAAUCAUUCAUUCUUGAAAUGAUAACGGUGCUUGUUUUCCCCAAUGCAAUAACUUUGACUACAAAAUUCAUUGUUGCUUGAGGCAUCCCUUGCUAGGCAGUGUCAUUCUCCCUUGUACUGCUGUUAAAAUUUUUUUAUUUUUAAUUUCUUGUACAAUGCUUUUCACUUCAGUAUGCAUAAGUUAGAGUUAUACUUCAGAGGCGCCCACUAGGAACCAUAUGAAUAUGGUCUGCCUUCACACAGAGUGACACACACUUCUGUACUCACACACACAUGGACACACCUAUACACACACACACACACACACACACACACACACAUGGACACUCAGGUACAUGCAUACUCAGGCACACACACACACACACACACACACACACACACACACACACACGUCACAGUAUUUAUUAUUAAGAUCAUGCAUUGGUAGACCUUGGGCUUGUCUUGCUCUGGGCUCUUUGCCCUCAUGUUUCACAGUGAUAGUGAUUCUCUUAAGAAAAAUUUCUAUGCUCCUGCUUUAUCCCAGUUUGAAGACAAAGUUAUCAUUUUAGGAUACUCAAGUGUAACAAGAGGUGAUAACAAUAUUUGGUACCAAAUCUUGCUGACACCAGUUCAUUCUCCAGAUCACCCUGUCCCAGCCUGGCAGUGUUAAGGCCUCAGGGAGGGUAGGGAGAGGCCUUUGUGCACUGCGGGGUUAUGCUUGAUUGGGAACAAACUGUACUUAACGGCCAAUGCUCUCUCCCUCUCUCUCUCUCUUUCUCUUGUAGAAAUUUUGUUUUUUAAGCAAUACAAAAUUUAGAUUGAGUUUAUUUGUGGCAUUGUUGCAGCCUGUUGGCCGUAUCUUUGAAUUUGGAUGGAAGUGAUUACCUGAUUUAUUUUAUAUUUUUCAGAUAUGUAUUAUAAUCAAAAUAUUGUUAAUCAAGUAUAGUAAUUUCAUGAGUUCUCCAUUAAUUUUGGAGGAGAAGAGUACAAUGAAAUGUGUUUGUGUGAUUUAUGUGAUGUUCACAGUCCUUAGGAACAUGUCACAUGUUAGCAAUUGUUAUAUUUCUUAAUUUUAUUGAAGACUUUAUUAGUUAUUUCCACUGCAUUUUCACAUGGAGAUCUAGUGUGCUGGGCUGUGGGCUGGUUGAUGCCCUGGGGAGGAAAUUAUCAAAAAAACUAAAGCUUUUAUCAUCAACAGCAGUGAAGAGCUGCUCCAUGGAGGCCAUUGGCAAAGCAGUGUCAUCAGGCUUGUUAUCACUUACCCAAGUUCAGUCUGUACCUAAGGUUGUAGCUCUUGAAAUGCAAGUGUUUCAGCUGUUACCAGCACAUCACUUUUGAAUCCUCAGAUACUUAUUCCUGUUCCUCACAAACACUGCACUGUCAAGAAGAGGCUUUUUGUGUAGCUCCCUUGCAGCUCCCAAGUACUAGCUGGCCAACAGUGAAACCACCUGGCCACCAAUCAUCAGGGCCACUUCUUUCAUUGAGGCACCAGUGUGUUGCCAGCUGGUGUGUUGGGUGUGGUAGCUUUCACCUUCUCCUCUUAGAAUUACUCCCAAGCUUUGGUGGCAACUUGACUCCAUAUUGUCAUGUUUAUCAAUUUCUUCACUGUCUUCAUGUAUUUGAAUGUGAAACUUCUUAGUGUCUUAUCAUUGUGUUGACAUUAAGUGUUAACUUACAGUCAUUCAGAUAUUUAUAAAAAGAAAACAGAUCUCAUGGAAGACCCAGCCAGAAGCAGGUUCAUCAACAACAAGAGAAAGAUGAAUAAGUAGCAAAAAGGAUUUGUGCAGUGAAGUUGGUGUGAGGUGAAAUUAUCUCAUGGACUUGGUCAGUCAACUACCAGAAAGAAAGUUUAUAUGAAGACAAUGAGUGCAUAUAUAUUUGUCUUGUAUACAGAGAUAUCUGAUUUUUUCCAUGGAGCUGUGGUAUUAGCUGUUUAUGUUCCCUUGUGAUUGAGGUGAUGUUCCUCAUGGUUAUACAUAUAUGAAUAUAUAUUCUUUUUUCCCUCCUCCCAAAGGUUUAUACAUCUUAUGAGGGAGAAGUGAAUCCCAGGCUGUGGCACGUGCU